UUGAACGUAUCAAAAACUUGCUAUCUCUUCCCACAUCAUGAAGUCCUGUCUCAGCUCGUGACCAAAAUGUCUUGACACAAAACAACUACUCACUUCCUGGAGCCUGGUAGCUAUUAGAAUAAUAUAAUCCACUCAUGCAAUUGAUGAUCUUUAUUUCCCUUGUCUCUGCUCUCUUGCUCUCUUUGAAAGCGUGGGGCACAGUGCACAGACCACCUAUCCCAAACCCGGCCGAUGCGACUCGCCAACAAUUCGAAUCUCGACCGACCGCAUCGCGCAACAGUCACGACCCAAAAAACCACACACGCGUGCGUGUGUACCAUCAACCCACCACCCUCAAAAAACAACCAUGACAACAACACCCACGCUCGACCAAUUCCUACUCGAAAUAAACCGCAUAACAACCCUUCGCGACUCUGCCCUCUUGUCCUCCUACCUCGUCAUCGAACCCCCCUACGCAACCUCCUAUACCACCAUAAUCACUGAACUUCGAAGCCAACAUCCAAAAGGUGAAGGAGAAGAUGCGCUAGAGAAGAAGAUUUCUAGGGUUGUGAAGAUUAUUGAUGGGGGUGAUGAUUUUGAGGUUGCGGCUUGGAGUGCUUUUAGCAGGUUUAUGGUGUUGUAUUUUGGGUUCUUGAGGGAUGUUGAUGUGGGGAAUUUGUUGGAGACUUGGGGGUUGUUGAGUGAGCUUUUGCAAAAAGCAAACUCGGCACUUCAAAAUCAAACCCACGGCAUAAUAAUCCUCGACACAGUAGUAUCCUACUCCCGCAUGUUCGCCCGCCUCGCCAUGGGUCUAGACAAGAAACCAGAACUGAUCGCCCACCUCACAACCUCCUCCUCCGGAACUUCAGGCGACGACUCCGGCCCCCGCGAAACACUACCAGAGCGUGCGGCAAACAUAAUCCGCUACGCUUUCGUAGCCUGCCUAAACGACCGCAGUGGCUCCUCUACCUCUGGAAUCGACAGCAAUGGCUCCCCCGAAGGCAAGAAACGAGGCAUCUAUGUCCUCGCAAACUUGUGUCUGAAGAUCCUCUUUGCGUGCCGCAAAACUCGUGGUGCGGCGCAGAUUUUCGAGAAUAUCUUUGUGUUGUCUCCGAGUUUGGGGGCGUAUCCUAAGGCGCAGAGGGUGACGUAUUUGUACUAUCUGGGCAGGUUCUUGUGGGCGAAUGGACAUGCUUUUAGGGCUCAAAAGGCGCUGCAGCAGGCAUGGGUGGAAUGUCAUUCGCAGUGUUUGCAGCAGAAGAGACUUAUUUUGAUCUUUCUGAUCUCGGCGAAUAUGGUCUGUGCACGUCUUCCCUCACAGCAAAUGUUUGCCCGUCCAGAAGCCUACGGCCUACGGGAGCGCUUCGAACCGUUAUGCAGAGCGAUUGCCAAAGGCGAUCUCGUAAGCUUUAGAAGACAUCUGGACAUUGGAAGCGAGCACUACGCAUGGUUUUCAGGAUAUCGCUUGGAUUUGCAGUUGAGGAAUAGGUGCGAGGUAUUCGUGUGGAGGAGUAUCUGUCGAAAGACGUAUAUUCUACAUGGAGAUCCUGGAAACCCCGAGGCUCGCAAGGCGCCGACUUUCGACUUGAGAGAUGUCUUGGCCAUCUUUCGUUGGCAAGAGAGGAUAUACGCGACCCCGCCUGGAGCCUCUCAACCUGACAACUAUGUCGACCCUGACUUCGUCGGCGUGUCCGACGAGCUAACUGGUGAAGACGACCUCCCCGUCAUGAACAACAUUUAUUCUAAGAUGACGGCGCUCGUUCAUCAGGGCCUGCUUGGAGGCUACAUCUCGUUCUCAAGAAACAAGUUUGCAAUCCAGGGUGCGAAGCACAAGGGAGCAUUGGCAGCCGGUUUCCCAAAUGCAUGGAAGACCAUCGAAGGACGUGCCGAUGAGACGGUGCCUGGGUGGAAAAUGGAAAACAGCGGACCUGCAUUCGGAGGUGGAGUGGUAAGAUUGAGUGGAGCACGACCAGUGGGACUUUCUUAGGAUGAGAGCAACCUGGAUUUCGUGUCCCUAACAGAAGAGAAAUCUGCCUGUUCGGAAAAAGCAAAGUCUGAUUCUGCAUAGCGUGCGUAUAGGUGC